AUGGCGACGUGGGCCGUCUUUCUCGCGACGCUGGCCGCGCUGGCUGCCCCGCCCAGCUGCUUGGCCACGGAGGAGCGGUCGCCGUGGGGACCGCGGUGCGGCGUGUCUGACACGGGCCUGCAGUUCGAGGGCCAGUCUGCGUACGCGGGCCUGGAGGCGAGGCUGGAGCUCGCCGCAUGGGGCGACGCGGUCUUCUCCAGCAUCAGCGCUCUGGGAAGCGGCGCGGUGGAGCUCGUGUUCGCUGAGACUGCACGCGCCAAGGCGAAGCUGCGCGUCGGGUUCUCGGGCGACGUGUCCAUGAGCUUCGCGGGCGUGAGGGUCCUGGUGCAGCGGGCGGCGUAUCGGGCCAACGGUCUGGCCGGGGAGGCUGAACUGCGAGUGGAGUUCGAGAGAACAGACGAGGAUCUUUGCUUCGAAUAUUGUGACGACCUGGAGAUAUCGUCGACGAGGGGGGCAGUGCUGGUUCUGAUGGUUUAUCGCGCGACGAACUCCAGCGGAGCCGGACCGGCGUUGGCCGCGUUUUUGGAGGGCGCUGCGGAGUCAGACUUAGAAAAAGUGAGCAAGGCAGGUUUCAAUCUCAAGGCCACAGUUCAGGAUGGCCAGUUUGCUGCCUAUUUCCGUGCGGACCCUUUGGUUGCCAAGUCAGGGUGCGGCAGCAUGGUUCAUAUUGUGAAACUAGAUCCAAUGCCAUCCGCAAGCAUACCAGAUCAGUUCAGCGAGUGGCUGGGGUUGCCAGAUUCCGAGCUCCCCACGCCCCAGGCUAUACUGUUGUCUCAUAAGCCUUUCCCCUCAGUUGGACCUUUCAAGAAGAAUGAGAUUCACAAUCGCAAGAUCAGGUUUUUUACGACGAGCGUACUGGUGUGCGUGGUGUUCAUUAUUCUUUUCCUUAUCCUUGAAUGGAGGAAGCGCCAUCGCACACUUUGCUGUGGGUAUCCGUGGAGUAAGCAGCGAUCAGUUUCUGAUGACACGGGAAGCGCAGAGGAAGACGUUCCGGAGGUAAGGUUGCUGUCGACGUCCUCGCCAGAAACGCCUCUAGAGCCCAGGGAUGAAUUUCACCGCCUCAGUUCAAGGCACCAUGUCCAAGUCAAAUCAGCAUUAGAUACGUAUUUCGAGGACUACACCAUCCAGGAUUUCGAGGACUCGUGCUCGCCAGCUGUCGUUGAGUAUUUGCACCUGUUGGACAACCAAGAGCGAUGUCAUGUGGGCACACGCCAUCGGCUAAUCUGUCUCUUCUUACACUUCACGUAUGUCGGCGUGUGCCUCAAUGAGCCGAUUAGGGAUAUUUUCAAGGAACCUGGGGAAAUGGUGACGUGUUACCAAGGUAUCCCUUGGGAGAGAGUUCACGUGUUGUUAUUGCUAUUUGUCGUCUUCAAGGUGUUCGAGCUAAUACUGCUUGCUUCGAGCAACAAGGCCAGGGGGGAAAUUCGUUUGAUCAUGCUCCCCAUCAAGUUCAUGGCGGGAGCUAUGAGUUUCUCGAACUCCUAUUCGGACGUAAUAUCUAUUGUGGUUGCCCGUGCGUGCUUUCAAUUUUCCUGGUGGGGUGCCAUGGUCGCGAUCUUUAUCGUCGGAGUUGUGUUAUUUCAUUGGACAUUGUUGACUGUGCUUUCGCUUGCGGUGGCGGCUUUGGGAUAG